GCCAUCGGCCUCUCCUCCGGGGCUCAUCUUUUGGCCCUGGCCGAAGAUGCAGAUGCCAGGAUACAGGUGGAGGCCGAGACAGACUCCAUUCCACAGAGCCUGCUGUCGGACCGCGGCCCCUCAAAGCGGUCGCCACCUAGCGUGACUAGCAUGGGCAGCGCCAUGACAGAACAAGUGGAGAUGUUCGAGGAACUGAGCCAGCUGACCUUUCUGCUCAACGUAAGCACAGAGCUCAUCGACGUUGGUGAGGUCUACAUGCGUUUCGCGCGACAGACUGAUGAUGAUCAAUUUAGAUUUGGGAUGCCUUCGCUGAAACGCUUCAUCCGACCGCUUGACUGGCUGGCAGUGGAGGCGCAGCUUCGUCAUUUUGCACAUGCAGCUCGGACUUCGAAGCCCAAAUCCAGGUGCCUCCCGCCCAUGAUGUUGCGGAUCCCCGGAGAGUCCAGGAGUUAUUUGCGUGCAAGGUCCGCGUCCAUAAAAUCCAUGUUUACCGGGCCACGGCCACCAAAUCAGCCAGCCUGGAUCCAUCUCACGCUCAGCAAGUUCAAUGAAGAGAGGAUUCGAAACCAGGGCGAUGCUCCGUUGCUGGAGGUUGUGCACGAGGCCAGCAAUGGCAGCAAAGAUGCAGCGCAGUCUGCAGAGCAGUCCACAGAGCUUUCCGCAGACCGGUCAGCAGAGCUGUCAGCAGAGCUGUCGGGAGAGCUGUCGGCAGA